AUGUCUCGUCGCUACGAUAGCCGAACCACGAUUUUUUCGCCUGAGGGCCGUCUAUAUCAGGUCGAAUAUGCUUUAGAAGCGAUUUCUCACGCCGGAACCGCGCUGGGUAUUCUAGCCAAGGACGGCAUCGUUCUUGCCGCCGAGAAGAAAGUUACGUCAAAACUGCUGGAGCAAGACAUAUCUGCAGAGAAAAUGUAUGCUCUGAGCAAACACGUUGUCUGUGCCGUUGCCGGAAUCGACAGUGAUGCUUCGCGGCUGGUCCAGCGGGCGCGCAACAUGGCGCAGAAUCACUUGGCCACCUAUGACGAGGAAAUUCCCUGCGAUAUUUUGGUGAAGCAGCUCUGUGACACAAUGCAAGGCUACACGCAGUAUGGUGGUCUGAGGCCCUUUGGCGUUUCCUUUAUUUACGCUGGUUGGGACCCCGUUCAAGGCUACCAGCUGUACCAGUCGAACCCAAGUGGCAACUACUCUGGGUGGCUAGCCACAUCUGUUGGAGCAAACAACGCAGCUGCACAGACUCUGCUCAAGCAAGAGUUCAAAGAGGAACUAGAGCUCGAGGAUGCGGUGCAACUCGCCCUCAAGGUCCUGUCGAAAACCAUGGACUCGGCGACACUCACCUCCACCAAGAUCGAACUGGCUACCGUGGGCUCUGGUGCUGACGGAGAGGUCAAAUACAAUGUUUGGAAGCCAGCCGAUAUCGAAGUUGCCUUGAAGAAGCACAAAGAGGCCGAGGAAGCUCAGAAAAAGUAG